AUGGUAGAGGAAGCAGUAAGGUUCUAUCAAGCACAAUUCCAUGAAGAAUCAGUCCCUAGCUCAUUUGACAUUUUGCAACAUAUCCCUACAAUGGUAGACAGUGGUAAAAACAUUGAAUUAGUGCAGCAGCCAACCAAGGAAGAGAUCAAAAGUGCAGUUUAUGGGCUCAAUGGAGAAAGUGCUGGAGGUCUGGAUGGUUUUAAUAGUACAUUUUUUCACUCAUGCUGGGACAUAAUAGGUGAUGAUAUAGUAGAUAUGGUGCAAGAUUUUUUCAAUGGACAUGAAUUUCCAAGAUUUGUAACUCAUACAAAUCUGGUUCUUCUUCCAAAAAAGAAAGAAGUUGUGACCUUUUCAGAUAUGCGACCUAUUAGUCUUAGUAAUUUCGUAAACAAAAUUUUUUCAAGAGUUGUUUAUGAAAGGUUGGUAAGCUUGCUGCCUAGUCUAAUAUCUGAUGAACAGGAAGGCUUUGUGAAAAGGAGGAGCAUAGCGGAGAAUGUGUUAUUAAAGCAUGAAAUAGUUACAUAUAUUAGACUAAGAACCAAGGCAGGUCCAAAUGUAGUGAUCAAAUUGGAUAUGGCAAAAGCAUACGAUCGAUUGUCCUGGUUGUUCUUGUCAAAGCCUCAUGGUUUCUUUAGAUCAACUAAAGGUGUGAAGCAAGGUGACCCACUGUCACCUGCACUUUUUAUUCUGGCUGUAGAAGCAUUAUCUCGAGGGCUGAACUCUUUACACAAUAACCUUCUAUAUGCAUCAUCUACCAGUACACAAGUGAUUGAUAAGGUUCAGAGGAUUACAGGUAUUCCAAAGCAGGAGUUUCCAUUUACUUACCUUGGAUGUCCAAUAUUCUAUCUUAGAAGGAAAAUGGAUUACUAUAAGGGUCUUAUAACAAAGAGCAUGCCAAUUUAUUUACUUUCAGCAGUCAAUCCUCCAGCUUAUGUGAUCAACAGACUUCACAAGAUCUUUGCUCAGUUCUUUUGGAGUGAUUCAGUGGGCACAUCAAAUAGACACUGGGCAUCUUGGAACAACUUAUGCUUGCCAUGUGAAGAGGGAGGUGUGGGCUUCAGAUCACUACAUGAUAUGGCUACUGCUUUGUUCUGUAAGCUUUGGUGGAAUUUCAGAAUAAAACCAACCCUGUGGAGCUCCUUCAUAUGCCAGAAAUACUGCAAAAAACUCAAUCCUAUCAUAGUUAAUUGGAGGGGUGGAUCCCAUGUGUGGAGAAAAAUACUAGAGUGUAGGGAUAUCAUAGAGCAUCAGAUUUUAUGGCAACUCAAGAUGGGAUCAUCCCUAUUUUGGUAUGAAAACUGGACGGGGCUGGGUGCACUAUAUUUUGUUACACUUCUAGAUUUUGUGGGAGAUAAAGAAGUGCAGAACAUAUAUGAUGUGGUCAUUGAGGGACAGUGGAAUGAAGCAAGAAUAAGAGGGAUUCUUCCAGAAGACCUUGCUACUCAUAUAUUGGAGAACAUUCAACCUCCAUCUAGGAAUGAUAUGAUUGACAAACCUGUUUGGAUGCUUGAGACAAGGGGGGAGUUUAGUGUCAAGUCUGCCUGGGAGUAUUUGAGGAGGAGACAUGAGCCUAGAAAUGCUUACAGGAAUACAUGGGCGAGAGGAGUUUCUUUCAAGAUUUCAUUCUUCAUGUGGAAGGUUUGGAGGAACAAGCUUCCUUUAGAUGACUGCUAUAGAAGGUGGGGUUAUCAAAUGGCCUCUAAGUGUUGGUGUUGUAUAGAACCUAAGGAAGAAACACUGCAACAUCUGUUUUUUACCUCACCUGCUGCCAAUACUGUAUGGAAAUACUUCCUUGGACAUGCAGGAAUCGUAGUCGAGGGUAUCACUUUGCAUCAAGGCAUUACAAAAUGUUGGAUUGUUGAUGUUGUUCAGAGAAUGAAGCCUAUUAUGCAAGCACUACCUUCAGUCAUAAUAUGGGAGUUGUGGAAGAGGAGGAAUAUCUACAAAUAUGGUGAUGUUGUCACAGUUAACAGGGUGUUAGAACAAUAUACACCCAAGUUGAACUAUACAAAGGUGUUGUGGGAGUUACCCAGUCAAGGUUGGAUUAAGGUGAACAUUGAUGGGGCUUCGAGGGGUAACCCUGGUAGGAGUUCAGUAGGCUUUGUUUUGAGAAAUGAGGAAGGGAAUGUAGUGUAUGCUUGUGGUAAGGAGAUUCAGGAGGGAUCUAAUUCUGUUGCAGAAGCAAGAGCAAUCCUUGAAGCACUGAAGUACUGUGUUGGGAAUGGCUAUGUGUUAAUUGAGUUGAACACUGAUUCAAUGAUGCUGAAAAAUAUAAUAGAAGGAGUAUGGAAAAUACCAUGGAAUAUCAGUGAGAUUGUUGAGGAGAUCAAGCAGAUGAUGACAAGGUGUAAUACAACAGUAGCUCACAUACUUAAAGAAGGGAACAGCCUAGCAGACUACAUUGCAAAUUAUGCACUAGAUCAUGGUCCAUUAGAAUGCUUUGGAUUUCAGGAUCUGGAUUCACAUGCCAGGAGAUUAGUGAACAGUGAUAAACUACAAUGUCCAUACAUAAGGGUGAAGGAAAUGUUACUGUGCUUAUGCCCUAUUUUUUUGGUGGAAUUCCAGUUGGUGGUAUUAGUGCUAAGCAAUCAUUCCACUGGAAAGAAACCAAGGAUAGGCACAAGCAUAAGAGCAGGAUAUGAUAGUAGGCUGUCCAGUUUUUCAGUGAUGGACAAGCAACUUUGGCAAGCAACACUAUUGAAAGCUGAAUUAGUUGGAAAGAAUAAAAAAGUGAAGCUUAACACCUCAUUAACACCAUCAGUGAUCCAACCUUUUUCAGACAAAGAAGAGCAGCAGGAAACAAAUUUUGGUGAUACCAAAAAUUUCACAAACACUCAGGUAUACAUCAGGUAUAGAGUUGAAGGACAGAUCUCUAAGAGGAACAGCUUGAAACAAUCGUUGAGGAUAUCCCCACAUACAGGGAGCCAGGCAAAUGAAGAACAACAGAAGAACCAUCAGAUACUGAAAGAAGACACAAGACCAUUUGGAAAAUGUAAACAAAGAGCAGGAAAUAUGUAUCUCAAGGAAAAGGCAACAGUUUUCAACUGA